AUGGGUCUCGCUGGAAUGUCCUGCCAGGAUCUCAAGAAAAGACUUGAAGUUCCAAAGGGCCAAAACACAGUGACAGACCUCGACCAAGAUCCCCACGGACAUGUACACUACACGUCUUUCUGGUUGGCUUCGUCGUUUGCCACGGGAACAUGGACCACCGGCAGUGCAAUGAUUGCGCUGGGGAUGCCGUGGUACGCUGCAUGGCUUGCCGUUGUCGUCUCCCAUAUUAUCGGAGCCGUUUUACUCGUUGCGAACGGCCGAGGACCUGCAGCGUAUCAUAUUGGUUUCCCCGUGUAUGCACGCGCGAGCUUUGGAAUGUGGGGGAGUUACUUUGCCAUCACGUCGCGAUGCAUUGUGGCAGCCAUCUGGUUCGCUGUCAAUGCUUUCUAUGGCGCCAACUUUGUCUCCAUCUGCCUGCGGUGCAUCUGGCCAUCAUGCAAUUCCGUCACCAACACUAUCCCGACCAGCCAGGGCAUCACCACUCAGCUUAUGGUGGCCCUCUUUAUUUUCUGGGCCCUCUCCAUGCCCUUCAUCUUUAUCCACCCCCGAAACUUGAACUGGUACUUUGUCGCAAAGUCCUGCUUGGUUGGCCCUGCUUGCUUCGCAGUGCUGAUCUGGGCCGUUAGCCCGAACUACUACGGUUGGCUGUGGAUGAGCGCGCUCAACUCUGGAUUCGGCGGUUGUUCCGCCCUGAUAGUUGCGCAGGCUGAUAUCGCGCGAUAUGCGAGGAAGCCCAGCGAUCAAUCUUGGUCGCAGCUCAUCACAUACCCUCUAUUCAGCGCAUUGCCAGCUCUCUUUGGUAUCCUUGUCGCGAGUGCAACCUCCAACUUCUGGGGCCAGGCAUACUGGAAUUUGUGGGAUGUUUUGAGUGCUGCGCUUGACUACUAUGAGAUGUCCCCGGCGUCGCGUGGCCUGGUCUUCCUGGCGUCGUUUGCAUUUGCCGUUGCAAUCCUGGGCACCAACGUGGCCGCCAAUUCACUCCCUUUUGGUAGCGAUAUUGCUGGUCUUUUCCCACGAUGGAUUAACAUCCGCCGUGGCCAGGUCCUCUGCGCGGUGUUGGUCUUUCCUCUCGUCCCGUGGAAAAUCAUCAAGAGUGCAAAGUCGCUUCUCACAUUUUUGUCCGGCUACUCUAUCCUCAUGGGUCCUUUUGCUGCUAUCUGCAUUACGGAUUACUUCAUUCUGUAUCUCGGUAACUCGCAAUCCAGAUACUGGUAUUGGAAGGGAUGGAACAUACGCGCUGUUGCUUCUUGGGUAAUUGGUGUCGUUCUACCGUUUCCCGGGUUUGUGGCUACUUUUGGCACCGUCACGAUCAAUAGCGGAGCUACUCAUAUGUGGAACAUGGGAUACCUUCUAAGCAUUGUCAUGAGCGGAACAGUAUACUAUCUCCUCAGUAUUUAUAUUCCGGUGUCGACAAUUGACAUGUCGCUCAAAUUUGAUCAGAUGGCGAUUGAAUUGGAUUCCAUCAUGGAGGCCGAGAUACUUCAUGAACAAGGCAAGAUGGACAUGGGUUUGAUGGAUAAAGAGACGGUUUAG